GUCGAACCCAGUGAUAGGGUCGGAUUUGGGGGGCCGUUUUGUUCAUGCGGCUCCAUGGCACGCCUUGGCAGCAAGCAAGUUGCCAUCGUUGAGGAGCCUGGCCGCAACGCCGAGAGCAUCGAUGGCCGCUCCGAAGCAGGGCGGACGACAGAACAGGACUUGGAGUCCUUGAAGAGCUGGCAAGGCGAAGAGGCGACUUCUUACGACUUGGUGGAUCUGAGCUGUGGCACCACCCACAGCUUCGCCCGCACCUUGGGGGGCCACAUCUACGGUUGGGGCGCCAACUCCUCCGGCGAGCUGGGCUUCGCAGGCGACGACGCGCAGAGCUACUUCUGGGUGCCCAAGGAGCUGAUGAUCCCUGGCCGCUCGGUGAAGCAGAUUUGCUGCGGACACGAGUUCACGCUGGCCGUCACCAACCAACAGGAGAUCUUUGCCUGGGGCAAGGGCUCCGAGGGUCAGCUGGGCCUGGGGCAUUGUAGAGAUGAGAGGGAACCGACACGCAUUGGCCUGGAGAAGGUGCUCUCGUGCGCAGCCGGCGAGCAACACAGCGCGGCCAUUGUGGAGGACACGGAUGGCACACGUUUGCUGUACACCUGGGGCAUGGCCGACAGCGGGGUGCUGGGCUUGGGGAACUUCAUCACCUGCGGGCCCUGCAACCAGCCCAACCAGGUCGAAUUCGAGUUGAGCGACAAGGAUGCGCGGGCUGCGAAGAACCCGCUGCUGGUGCGCUGCGGCGCCAACCACACCGCGGUGCUGUGCGGCAACUUGAAGCCCUCCAUGCGGCUCAAUGCUGAGUUGUCGGCAGAAGAGAAUUUCCUUUGGACCUUCGGGAAUGGCUGGCACGGGAGGCUGGGCCUGGGGGACACCAAAAGUCAGUUCCUCCCGAAGCGCGUGAAGAUGCGCCCGGUGCGGGACAUCUCGCUGGGCUUCGACCACACCGCGGCGAUCACCGCCCGCGACGAGCUCUACGUCUGGGGCAAAGGCACGCUGCUGGGGGAGGUGGUCAAUGUGCUGACGCCGAAGCGGUUCACCUCGGUGGAGGGCACCUCGCAGUUCAAGUCGGUCCUCUGCGGCGAGAACGAGACCUUCGUCAUCGACUCCAUGGGCCGCCUCCACUCCUGGGGCUCCAACAACUGCGGCCAGCUGGGCCUAGGCCAGCUUCAUGGCCAGUUCGUGACGACCCCAACCCUUGUGAAGGCCAUCCACGAGCCGGUGUCUUCCAUAAUCUCCGGCGGCUCCUUCACUAUCGCACAUCUCGAGAACGGGGACUUGUUGGCCUGGGGCAGCCAGAGCUGCGGGCGCCUGGGGCUGGUAGAGCCCAAGGACGAGCGGAUCUGCUGGGACCCCUCGCUGGUGGUGGCCACCUGGUCCACUGCGGCGGCGGUGUGCGCCAAGAAGCCGACGCGCGGCAAGAAGCGUCCCAGUCAGAGCGAGGGCGGCGGCGACACCCGGAGCGUGGUUACAGAGGAUGCGCCGAAGACCUCCUCCAACAAGGACAAGACGGCGAAUGUGGUGAGCUUCGUGAUGCUGCAGACCCUGCUGAAGCAGGAGUCCGAGCAGCUCCGCAGCGACGCCCUGAAGCGCUACGCCGACAAGCUGCAGCACACCGCGAAGACGAUCCUCCAGGAGAUCCGCGAACUCAGGGCCGAGGAGGAGCCGCUGGCAACGCUCCAGGGCCAGUUUAACGACGCCUUGAAGCUGAGCCUCCGUUGGUUCCCGGGGCCGCUGGGGGUGCCUGACGCCUCCAACUCUUUGGUGGACCCCCGGAUCCCCGAGUACCUCGCGACCUACUCGCGGAUGUGCUGGAUCCUCCAGCAGCAGACCACCUACCUGUCGCAGCUGGCGAUGCACAUCUCCGGGGACGAGGCGGAUGUUUUCCUGGAGACCGUGGACUGCCUCUUCGGGGAUGUGCAGAGCACUCGUCAGGUGUCGCUCUUCAACUCCUUGCUGACCAGCAUGAUCGCCAAGGAGGCAGAGAACGCAGGGGGCUACCCGGCGAAGUUCCUGACCAUGGACUCGGUGAGCUUCUUGGCCUUCCGCCGCCGGGCGCUGGGCCAGGCCUUUGCGCGGGAGGUGCUCUUCCCACUGCUCAGCUCCAAGGACUCCAUCCUGGAGUUGGUGGGCUCCAUCUCCAGCUCCGGCACCAACAAUGGCUUCUGCCUGAGCUACACGGACUUCAAGGAGAGACUGGGAUCUGAUGGCAGGGGCAAAGAUGAAGCGGAGCUCAAGAACAUGUAUUCCUUAAGCCUGAAUGCAUUCCGAGAGUUCCUCACCGGAGGCUUUCUGAAGAUCAUCCGCAAGAUGCGGCUCCCCAACUUCGUGCGGCUGGUGCUGCAUCACGUGGCACUGGCAUCCCAGCGCUGGAAGGAGGCGGAAGGCUUUGUGGACAUCGACAAGGAUCUCCGACCCUACCAGCCGGUGCUGCGUCUCUUUUGCCACGGCAUCCUCGGGCCGGUGAUGCGCGAUGCCUCGCGCUAUGCUGUGCCGCAUUACUUUCUCAAGAAGACGUCGGCGGACUACAAGCCGGACGAUCCCCAAAUCGCGGCAAACCUGGAGUGCGUCGCCGACUUCCUGGAUCAGAUGCUCAACAACUCCAUUGAUCCCAAGGAGAAAGCGUUGAUCUCUGCCGCACGGUACGUGAAGGAGGAGCUGCUGACCUACAUGCGGGACGUGAGCACCAUCGAGGACACCUUGGGCCCUGACAUCUUGGGGGCCAUGCUUUGCCGACACUUCUGUCGCAAUCAGAGCUUCGUGAGCAUGUCUCAGGCUCACCUGAUGAAGCUCUCCAACCUGCUGCACGCCUGGAGCAACAAGCUGCGUAUCCGCGAGCGGGAUGAGCUGGACAUGUGUGUGAAGAGCGUUCCAGAGUGGGAGAAGGAGGCCGUAGCGAUAGCCGAGCGCUACGAGGUGACUUUGAACUUUACCCUUGACACACGUUACAUGAUCGACAACCAGGACAUCCUCUUGUGCCUGCAAUCCUCCUGCCCUUUGCCAAGCUGGGCCUGCAGUGCCAAAGCCUCUCAGCGCUUGGUUUUUAUCGAGGACGAAGCGGCUGGCAACGCCCAAGGCGCCUUCUUCGAGUCGCUCUUCCGACGCUGCCAGCCCAUCGAAAGCAAAGACUUUGCGCGGCUGCGGAACGAGUUCAAGACGCGGCGCCAGCAGCUGGCCGCGGGGGGGCACGAGGAAGGGGACCUCCAGAUGAUCAACGACCUGGACACCGCGGUUCAGCAGAUCAACGAGCUGAUUGAUGUCGGGGCAGAGCCCAAGCAACUUCUGGACCUCAUGGUUGAUCGAGUUCAGGGCCGGCAGCGCCAGUUCAGGUACCUGGAGGUCACGGACAGGCACCUGAAGGCGGUCUUGGCGCGCCAGCAGGAGUACAUGAAGGACCUAAGGCAACAGAAGGCGGAGCUGAAAGGUGCCGUAGAAUUUUCCCUCGCCUUGAAGCUGCCGAACACACUCUCCAAAGCCUGCAGCGUGUACGGGACGACGCCCUCCUUCACAAACAUCCAAAAGAAGGUGGAGUCGGUGCCGAGUCUCAUCCCAGCCAAGGAUAUUGCGGACAUCGGGUGUUCCUACAUCCCCAUGGCCACCUUCUCCAUCGCCCAGCUCAAGAAGCAGAAGGUCUUGGUGGAGGUGUGCCCUCCAUUCUCUGCAAUGCAGAAGAUGAUGGAGAUCACCUUCAAGAAGCAGGACGAGCAGGCGGUGGAGAUCACCGCCUCCGUGGCGCAAGGCGGCAACAAGAACAUUGUUAAGAAGAUCCUUCUGGAGCCUUCCAAGCUGAAUGAACUCCGGGCGGCCAAAAGCGACGCCACUGCGGACUUUGGAGAGCCGGCCUUUAUGGUCUGCAACUCCGUGAACUUAAUUGGUUUGUUGACAAAGAUCGAGAAGGGCACGCGCUGAGUUCGCAUGUACAAAGUUGAUAGCUCGUUUCACGAAAUCUCCAGCGCCCCUCUUCAAAAGGAAGAGGGUGAUUCGGAUUAAUAGAUGACAUUC